UUUACUAGAAUAAAAAAUAAACAUCGGAAGAGAGAAGAACCUUUCAAGAGUUUCUGGAAUUUGUAAAUUCUUAACUUUCGCGGGGGGAAUCUGUCCUAUCCAUUGCGGCCCAAAUCUAUUGCAAACCACGCUGUCUUCUAUUCUACUUCUCCGCUCACCCUUCGCCGUUAAGAUUUCCGAUUCUCUCUCUGCCUUCUGAACAAAUAAUAUUUUAAAACCUUUUACGAAUUCUCUGAUUCGCAAUUCUAAACCUGCCCAGUCUCCUGAAGGUGUCCAUGGGAGAAGCUGGACGUCCGAGAACAAGCAGAGAAUCAAGCCCCUCAUGGACGGCACUGAAUGAUGAUCCGUGGAAUGAUACAUUCAUUCCUCAACUAUUUACAACAGUACCAGCUCUCAAUGAAGCUGCAUCUUACCUUGCUCAAACAACUUCAUUACUAACUCGUUGCUUCUCUGAUUAUUCUUAUUCUGCGAAUUCAAUUAGAGAUGCACAGGAGUUAGUGACAUUUUCUUCUGAACAAGCUGAUGAGGAGUAUGCAGAUGGUGAUUUCCCAUCUCCAAGUCGAAGGCAUUCAUUUUUUUCGGAAUCAUCUACAUCUGUGUCUGCCACUGCUCCGCCUCCUAUCCAUGAUGGAAUAACAAGAAUCCCUUUGGAAGGCCCAUCUCAAAAUGCUAAUGCAGCUGUACCAUCAAAUCACAGUGGCCAAAAUGGCAUUUCCCUUUUUCAAGGGCUUAUUGAGAGAGCACGGAGGACUGUUCGUGGAUCUGCCGAUGAUAUAGGAUGGAUGAAACGCGCUUCAGGGAUGCCUCCAGUUGAAGAUGGCACUGAAAGGUUUAUGGAAAUUCUUGAUAACAUUAGGCAUGGUCUGCACAAGUUGCCAAAUUCAAUGGUUUACUUGUUGGUUCCAGGUCUUUUCAGUAAUCAUGGACCACUUUAUUUUGUUAAUACAAAAAUGAGUUUUUCUAAGAUGGGCCUAGCCUGUCACAUUGCAAAGAUUCAUAGUGAGGCUUCAGUAGAGAAAAAUGCCAGAGAGAUAAAAGAGUACAUCGAGGAAAUCUAUUGGGGUUCAAAUAAACAGGUCAUGCUUCUUGGACAUAGUAAAGGAGGAAUAGAUGCAGCUGCUGCUUUAUCAUUGUAUUGGUCUGAAUUGAAAGAUAAGGUCGCUGGAUUGGUAUUAGCGCAAAGUCCUUAUGGUGGUAGUCCAAUAGCUUCAGAUAUUUUACGUGAAGGACAACUUGGUGAUUAUGUUAAUGUGCGAAGACUUAUGGAGAUUAUAAUAUGUAAAGUGAUUAAGGGUGAUCUACAAGCUUUGGAAGACUUGACUUAUGAGAGGAGGAAAGAAUUCUUGAUGAAACACCAUUUGCCAAGAGAACUUCCUGUUGUGUCAUUCCACACAGAGGCCGGGGUUAGUCCUGCAGUUCUAUCCACAUUAUCCCAUGUUGCUCAUGCAGAGUUACCCCUGGUGGGCGAGCCAGCGAAACUACCUGUAGUAAUUCCCCUUGGUGCUGCGAUGGCUGCAUGUGCCCAGCUGCUGCAAAUCAGGUAUGGCGAGAAGAGCGAUGGGCUUGUCACAUGUUGUGAUGCCGAAGUCCCUGGAUCCGUUGUGGUGCGCCCUAAACGCAAAUUGGACCAUGCUUGGAUGGUCUACUCAUCAUUGAAUGACGAUUCCUCUGAAGCAAGUGCUUCUCAAGUGUGCGAAGCCUUAUUGACGUUGCUUGUGGAAGUUGGACAAAAGAAGGGACAUGAACGUGCAAUGAAAGACGAGUGAACCUCAUGCCAUUUAUGCCUUUCAUCUAAUCCUUAUGCUACUACUUGUACAUCAAUAGAUAGCCCUUGGUGCCAUUUAAACUUGCAAAAAUAGAAUCCUUAGUCCCCCAAAAAUGAUAAAAUGAUAGAUGUGCCUUUUUCCUUUGCUUAGCUCUAUGUUGACUUGGUUCUGAUUCAUCUUAUAGGGUUUGACGGUAUCCUUGUCUUGGGUGAAAAUGAAUACAGUCUCCUAUAUACUUCUUGGCUUCAGAAGGUUUAGCUUGUGAAAUGCAGAUCAAAAUAUUUAGUGCUUA